GCUCCGCCUUCUUCUCAUGAGCAUUAAUAACUCCUGUGGCUGCUCGCAGACAAGGACUGCACCAUUACAGGACCGAAAAUGAUCAACUGGAAGGCUUUGGACAACGUCCCUCUGCUUUUCUACAUCCUGGCCCUGAAGACGCUGCUGCUGUGUCUGGCGUUUGCUGGGGUGAAGAUCUACCAGAGUAAGAAAGCAGAGGAGGCCCUGAAGAAGCAGCAGGCUGAGAAGAGGAGGCUGGCCCAGCAGACACAGGAGCUCAUCGACAAUCUGAAGGAAGACUGACGAGUGAGGGGAGAGGAGCAGAAGCUGCUGUACACAGGGAAGCAUCUUACAGGCCAGAGCUAUGAGCCACUUUCUCCAAGUAUGAGCCAUAUUUCUGACAAUUGGCAGCUGAGAGACUUUCCUGUGUUUCAGGAAAUGAUUUGUGGUUACAGUAACAGGACUGUCGGCCAUGUUUUAUAUUUAAAUAUUGUGUAAAUGGUUGACUGAACCAGUUUUUAUUAGAUAAAAUCACAGCAACAAAAACAAAACAUGCAUACUCUAGUACUGAGAGGACGUUUAUAUCUACGAAGCAGGGAUGAUGUGAAGCCCUCAGAGCUCAGCAUUAACUUCUCGUUAGUCAAAUAUCCACUCCAGUGUUCACAAAAUUCCCCACACAUGAUCUGACUUCCUCACAUUCAUAUCUUCAGCUGAGGUGGUCAUCCACUCAGGAAACAAACACUUGAAUGAGCUUCAGUUUGUCUCCAGUUGGAAGUUUGUCAGAUCUGCUUCUUUGUAUGAAUAUGACCGGAUGUUUGUUCUGAAAAAUUUUUUGUAAACUGCAAAUCAGUUUUGUGCUGAUUUUUUUUUUUAAUUGUAUUAAAUUUUACAUGCUGCAAUGUUG